AUGACAGUCAGAGGCUGCAGCAACCAAAGCAAAGGCAACAGACAGCAGGGGCAUAACAGAGUAGUUUUACACCCUAUAAACUUAGAAAUGACAGAUAUUAAACCAAUCUCUGAGGUUAGAUGUGGAGACUCUGAGCAGAGAAACAUCAGCGCCACAAACCCAGAAGAGGAGGAAGAGUCCACAUGUGCGACAAAGGAUUCAAAGAGGACGUGGGAGAUCCCGUCUCUCCAGGAGCUGGAGGAGCUUUUACAUUCAGCUCCACGCUCCUGUCGCCACGGAGAUGAAGUGUGGCCAGACCUGUAUCUGGGGGACAUGUUUAUGUCUCAUGACAAGCUUGGGCUCUGGCAGCUGGGCAUCACUCAUGUGCUGAACGCAGCACAUGGGAAACUGUGCUGUAAGGGCAGUGAUGAUUUUUAUGGAACCACGGUGAAAUACUACGGCGUCCCGGCCAACGACCUGCCAACAUUUGACCUUUCACCUUAUUUCUACCCUGCUGCUGAGUUCAUCCACCUGGCUUUGGCAUCAGGAGGAAAGGUGUUUGUGCACUGUGCUGUGGGUGUGAGUCGCUCAGCUGCGUUGGUCCUAGUCUACUUGAUGAUUCAUCACCACCUAAGUCUUCUGUCCUCUAUACGCUGUGUGCAACAGAAACGCUGGAUUUUCCCAAACAGAGGCUUCCUGCGACAGCUUAUAGCCCUGGACCGAAAACUGAAGGAUGAAGGGUUGAAUGAGCCAAAAUAAAACAAAGAAAGCAGCAACCCUACGU